AUGUCGGCAUCGUUCAUUCCAUCACCAUUAUCAUCAUCAUUAUUAGCUGAAAAACGAGCCAAUCAACGAAUGCAAUAUAAUUUUGGUCUUGGUAAACGUACACCAUAUAGAUCUGAUAUGGCUGAAAUCAUUGAAAUCGUUCCAUCGUCAUCAUUGAAUUUUUUUGAAAAUCCCACAUCAUCAUCAAAUAUCCAAGAUCUACAAUCAUACUAUUACCCAAAUAUGGCAAAUAUUGCUAAUGAUGUAGAAUCAUCAUCAUCGACAUUAUCAUCUGCCACCAAUCAAGAUGGUAAUGAUUUUGAAUUCCGUGUUAUACCAGCAUUUGCACCGGCAUUACAAAAACCAUUCAUACCAAUGUCUGUUUCAUUUAUUGAUUCUACUAAACGUUCACGACCACAACGAUUUUCAUUUGGACUAGGUAAACGUUCGAAAGAACAGGUUAUGUUCAAUGAUAUUAUUGAUGAUGAUAAUAAUGAUCAAACAAUUGAUAAUGGUGAUGAUGUUUUGAUGAAUGUAGCUGAAAAACGAAAAAUACAACCAUAUGGAUUUGGACUUGGUAAACGAAUGAUAACCAAUUAUAAUGAAAAUUAUAAUAACAAACAAAAAAUUAAUGGUAAAAAAAUUAAAAAACUAACAAAUUUCGAAGAUUUCAUCAAACGUCGUUAUUCAUUUGGUCUGGGUAAACGUUCCGUUUGAAAUGGAUAUCCUGUCCUAAACAAAACAACUCAAAUAAUAAUCGAAAACAACGAUCAAAGUAUCGAUACAAUCAUCAAAUAGUACAAUCGAUAUCUAUAAAAAA